AUGGAGAGUAGUAGUAGUAUCAUUAAUAGCUCCGAUGAAUCCUUGGAUUGUUCUUCGCAUUCUCAACAACAGCAGCAAAAUCAAGAGCCGCAUGAACAGCUAGAAGAACAAUCCAUUUCUGGACAUGGUGACCAGCGAGUUUAUUUAGUCCCCCUCAGUUUAGCAUUUGUUAGGUUAGGGUGUUUCUUCCCAUCAGGAAAGGGAAAGGAAAAAAGAAUUGUGACUGUAGAUGGUGUGGAAGGAACGCGUGACUCUUCAUUGUCGAAUGAAAAGAAGGGAAUCUUGUACACUGCAUCGCCUAUGCCAUCAUAUGGAGGGCCAAUGAAGCUAUUCAACAAUUUUUUCAGUUCUGAUCUUUCAUUUAACCUGAGAAAAGAGGAUCAUUCAUUGUCACAUAAUCGUGGGAAUGAUGAAGUUGGGGUAUCAGGUCGUGAUUAUGCUUUGGUCUCCAGUGAAAUGUGGCUUCAGGCACUCAAAUGGCACAGUGACUCUAAAAUUGCAUCAAAGGACGGCAAAAGUUCUGCUGAAGAAGAUAUGUCAGAUGUGUAUCCUUUACAGCUCAGGCUAGUUGUUCUGCGUGAGGCUGACUCAUUUGGCGUCAAGAUAAGUAAAAAGGAAAAUACUUUGGAGUGCUUUAGGAGGGCCUGCAAGAUUUUCUCUGUUGAGACUGAGCUAUUAAGGAUUUGGGACUUUUCUGGCGAGAUGCUUAUUUUUUUCUUGAGCGAGAAGCUUAAGAUGCUAAAGGACAGUCAGCGACAGUCAGAGCAAGAUGUACUUCUUUUAUUUCAGAUUUAUGGGUUAUCUGAUCCUGUUAGAAAUCGAGGAGUGAAACGAGAUGAUAUGACAAUGCAACAUUCUAAUGGUGGUUCACUUAUGAUGAAUGGUUGUACAGGAAAUUUGUCGUCUAAUCACUUGCAGAGCAACUCUAAUAUGUCUGUUGGCAGCUCAUGUGAAGUUGGUACUUUAGGCUUAACAGGGUUGCAAAACCUAGGCAAUACAUGUUUCAUGAAUAGUGCCAUCCAGUGCCUAGCUCACACUCCAAAGAUGGUUGAUUACUUCCUUGGAGAUUUCAGGAGUGAAAUAAAUCACGAUAACCCAUUGGGCAUGAAUGGUGAGAUUGCCUCUGCAUUUGGAGAUUUAUUGAAGAAAUUGUGGGCCCCUGGGGCAGCUCCAGUGGCACCGAGAAUAUUCAAAUCAAAACUUGAUUUUGCUCCUCAAUUCAGUGGUUUUAAUCAGCAUGACUCCCAAGAACUCCUUUCAUUUCUUUUGGAUGGACUUCAUGAAGAUUUGAAUCGAGUGAAGUGCAAACCAUAUGCUGAGGUUAAAGAUGGAGAUGACAGGCCUGAUGAAGAAGUUGCUGAUGAAUUGAGGAAUCAUUUGGCUCGCAAUGACUCUAUCAUUGUUGAUGUCUGCCAAGGUCAGUACAGGUCCACUUUAGUGUGUCCUAUUUGCAGAAAGGUCUCUGUUACAUUUGACCCAUUCAUGUACUUGUCACUGCCUCUGCCAUCAACAUCAAUGCGGACAAUGACAAUAACAGUUAUGAGAACAGAUGAUAGUCCAAAGCCAACCACAUAUACUAUCACUGUUCCCAAAACUGGAAAACUUGAGGAUCUUAUUCAGGCAUUGAGCAAUGCAUGUUCUUUAGGUGCUCAUGAAAGCCUAUUGGUGGCUGAGAUAUUCAACAAUCGCAUCAUACGUUUUCUAGAGGAGUCAGCUAAUUCACUAUCGUUAAUCAGAGAUGAGGAUCGACUGAUUGCUUAUCAAAUGACAAAAGAAAUUGAUGAAGCACCAUUAGUUGUUUUUACUCACCAGCAGAUGGAAGAGCAAUAUGUCUAUGGGAAGCCAACAAUGGUUUGGAAGGCAUUUGGAAUUCCUUUGGUAGCAAGAAGUAAAGUUACUAAUGGAUCUGACGUUAGGAAUCUUUAUAUGAAAUUACUGCUUCCUUUCUCAAUACCAAAAGAAAAUUCUGAACAUUGCAAUGAGACAACAAAUACUGAAAGUGAAGAAAUUAAGGAAAUUGAGGAUGCACUUAGUCCUGAUUCAAAUACAUGUACUCAGAAUGGUGAUCUACUAGAUGGUGAAGCACAGUUUGACUGUGAUUUUGAGUUUUACUUAGCAGAUGAGCAGGGAAAUGUCAGAGGUCCCCAAAUAGCAAUGGAUGAGCCGGUGAAUGCUAAGGCUAUGACUGGACUGUUAAGUGUAAUUGUACAUUGGGCAGAUAAGAUGGUUGAAGAGUACAGCCAACAACUGAAUUGCUCAUUACCUGAAGUUUUCAAGUCAGGGUACUUAAUGAAGAGACCGCAGGAAUCUGUUUCUUUGUACAAAUGCCUUGAAGCAUUCCUGAAGGAGGAGCCUCUGGGACCUGAAGAUAUGUGGUUAGUAUGCCCUGUCUGCAAGAAGCAUUGCCAAGCCAGCAAGAAGUUAGAUCUUUGGCGACUUCCUGAGGUUCUAGUCAUACAUUUAAAAAGAUUCUCAUACAGCCGGUUUCUUAAAAACAAAUUGGAGACAUAUGUUGACUUCCCUGUACAUCUUGAUUUGUCUGCUUAUAUCGCUUACAAGAGUGGGGAAUCUUGAAGCUACGUGCUGUAUGCUAUUAGUAAUCACUAUGGAAGCAUGGGAGGCGGUCAUUACACUGCAUUUGUCCAUCAUGGUGGCGGUCGGUGGUUUGACUUUGAUGACAGCCAUGUUCCUAUCAACGAGGACAAGAUUAAAUCUUCAGCUGCUUAUGUUCUUUUCUACAGAAGAGUGGAAGAUGAAAAUAAUUAGAUGACAGUUUACUAACUAUUGAAGCCUGACGAAUCAUUUUAUUGGU